AUGUCUCUCUUGGCUCUUCCCUUCCUGUUGGCUCUGUUGGCUACAGGUAAGUCACGGUCCGGAUUGAUCUUUGCAGAGUGUCUCCCCUAGUGGUGAAGGGGUUACUACUGGCCCCUCAAAAUAAAAGGACCCCAGUUUCCUCCAAGUGUGAAUUCUCUGGGUGGUAAAUUGACUAUUGCAGGACUCCUGCACCGUUAAGAGUUCAGUAGCAUGCAAUUUGAUCAUGCAAGUUUCUGUUACAGCUGCAGGUGGGUUCCAGAUUUCCAUCUCCAGUUUCUCAAAAUGUGUGCCUGCACUGUACCUGCCUACCGAGUGCCUAGCUAGGGUUGCCUAUUUUUGGACUGGCUCCCCCUUUAGUGAUUAGAAGGUGUUGAAUGUUUGUGGGGAGUGGGGAACUUCACUUCCCCCUGAAGGCAUAGGAGCAAGCCGUAGUCAUUUUCCCCAGCCAGUUGGCAACUCUAGUUGAGAAAGGUUGUACUUUGACCCUGUCCUUUUGAUGCAGGCUUAGUGAGUGAAGGUAUUAAUCUGCUUGAAGGAUUGUGGGAAUGGAACAGAAUGGGCGAUAGCAGUGGUAAUUCUCUGCUGUGGCUCAACACAGUUAGCCAUAAGGAAGCUGUCUAAGGCAGCUGUCUAGGAGUGUGGAAGAGUCCAUGCUCUCAGUUCCAUUUCAGUAUGGGCAUAAUGACCCACAGAAAAGGAAAGGGUUGCCAUCUUUUUAAUCUGGCUUUCUGCCAUGCCUUAUAGAAUCAUCAGGGACCUUGUGGGUAAUUUGUUCCAACCCCCUGCAAUGCAGGAAUCUCCACAUGCAGUCCCCCAUCCAAUCUGAAAUCCUACCGGACCCUGCUUAGCUUUGCAAAUGUUCUAGCAAGGUGUAGUAACAGCCUGACAUGCAGACAUUUACUAAGUGAAGCUUAUUUCCUGGCACGGAGCCAAACAAGUAGGAAAGACUUCGUUUGUUUAAUUUAUCAGUGUCAGGCUACUGUUGAAAGGGACAGGAGCAGCACUGGUGAAAAAUCUGGCAGCUGUCCCAUGCAGGGGUGUUUUAAGGACAUUUACAAUAAUAGUUGUGAAACAUUUUAAACACUCCAGUGCUGCAAAAAAGAAAAGAAAAAAAGAACCUAACCAUUCUUGUUUUAUUUAAGUUACAUUGGGGUCCCGUCUGCACUGUACAUUCAAAGCAGUAUCAUGCCACAUUAAACAGCCAUUGCUUCGUCACAAAGAAUCCUGGGAAUUGUAGGGGUGACUCCUAUUUCACUCACAAAAAUACAGUACUCAGAGUAGUUUAACAAUCAGUCCCUUUCUCCAGGAAGCUCUGGAAAUUGUAGUUCUGUGAGGGGAAUAGGGGUCUCCUGGCAACUCUUGGCACCUGUAACAAACUGCAGUUCCCAGGUUUCUUAGGUUUAGAGUUGUUCAGCAUUUGUUUGCAAGAAAUGAGAUCUCAUUUCUAAGCGAAUGGGGGGGGCACACCAACAUUUUAAAAAAUUGUGAAGAUUCAAGAGAGAGGGUUGCCAACUAACCAGGGAGAAUACACUGUGUCAUGCUCCUGUGUCAUUAACAGCUACCUGCUCAACAGAAUCCAGCAGGUGCUUUUGAAGGCAAUGGGAUAAGGCUUAUCAGCCGCUAUUGCCUGCAGACCAAGGAGCUAUUAAAGGCACAGGAGGAGGGACUGGUAACUUUCCAACACUAGGGCCUUAUUAAUGUGUUCGCCUUUAGCAUAUGGUGGGAGAAGUGUAAUGCAGGUUACCUUUGUGCAUUGAACAGGGAUGGUUGAAGGUGGAUUUCCUGUAUGCACGAUGGAUUGCACAUUUAUCAGGAUGUGCAAAGGACUCCUCUAAGAUGACCCAGAAAUUUUGCCUUCAUCCUCAUUUGCUUGCACAAAGCUUAUGCAAUGCUUUGACCAUGGCCACAUUUAUACCACACAUUCAAAGCACUAUGAUGCUACUUUAAACAGUUGCGGAUCCCCCCAAAUAAUUCAGGGAGUUGUAGUUUGUUAAGGGUGUUGUAAGGGGACCCCUGUUUCCUUCCCUGAGCUACAGUUCCCAGCUUUCCCUGUGGAGUAGGAUUGAUUAAAAGUGGAUUUGUUGUGAUAGGGUGACAGAGCACUUUAUUCCUCUUCAAUUGCUCGGCUCUAAACAUCAAACAUAAAAAAACUUCCCUAAACAGGGCUGCUCCCAGUGCUGGACCUCUGUGUCUGGGCUGAAUGAUGGGGGUGGAGAUGCUCGUUCAAGUAUACUGGGCCGAGGUUGUUUAGAGUUUUAAAGGUCAGCACCAACACUUUGAAUUGUGCUUGGAAACAUACUGGAAGCCAAUGUAGGUCUUUCAGGACUUGUGUUAUGUGGUCUCGGCAGCCACUCCCAGUCACCAGUCUAGCUGCCACAUUCUGGAUUAGUUGUAGUUUCUGGGUCACCUUCAAAGGUAGCCCCACGUAGAGAGCAUUGCAGUAAUCCAAGGGAGGUAACCAGAGCAUGCACCACUCUGGCAAGACAGUCUGCGGGCAGGUAGGGUCUCAGCCUGCGUACUAGAUGGAGCUGGUAGACAGCUGCCCUGGUCACAGAAUUGACCUGUGCCUCCAUGGACACCUGUGAGUCCAAAAUGACUCCCAAGCUGUGCACCUGGUCCUUCAGGGGCACAGUUACCCCAUUCAUACCCCAUGCGUUUGCAUAUCUCCUGCAAAAUAUUGGCAGUCUGUAGGCGCCCAAAGAUUCCCCUACCAGAUCUUCCUGCUUUAUGGGCAAACGUCAAGAGUGCUGCCAGCUGGGAUGGAGGCAUUUGGGGCAUGGCUAGCAUGUAGGGUCCCCCUUCUUCUUCCCUGCAUCCUGGGAAGUAAUCCACCUUAACAUAUGAGUCAGACCAUUGGCAGAGGCUCGCCAGGAUUUCAGACAGGGUUCUCUGCCAGCCCUGCCUGGAGAUACCAGGGAAUGAACCUGUAACCUUGGUUCAAGUGAACCUUGAGGAAAGCCCAUAGCUCAGUGACAAUUGCUUGACCACUGAGCUAUGGCCCUUCCUCAAGGCGACAGACCGACAAGGGCUUAUGCAUAGACAUUUCAGCCACAAAUCAGCUCAAUUCACAUAGAAGUCAGUGGUGGUGCUGGUGGUGCUGGCUCCACUAUUUUUAUGACAUGGAGCAUAUGGUGGCACCCUAUCCUCUUUCUUACCUCUCUGUGCAUUUACUGUUGUGUAAAGAGCAGGCCUUCCCUUGCUUUCUAUGUGCUCUUUUUCUAACCUCCAUCCCGGUUCAGUUGCAGGGUAGAAGAAUUUCUAAAACUAAGAACAGAUAAGAUCUGCUAUACACAUGCAGGUACAAAGAUUGCCAUGUUUCAGCCUCUGGCUUCAUGGACUUUUCCACCGAAGCAAAACUUUUUGCUCCCAGCCAAAGUAACGCUGCACCUUAUCAGAGUUUAGAUGGGGAGCAGCGUUAAACUGUUGCAGCAAAUGCAAUGAAGACUCUCAAGUGUGGCUGAUGGUCAGGCAUCUGCUGAGGGUCCAUGUCUCAGUAACGGGCCUCACUGGUGUACUUCCUGCAGCAAGGAGGGCCACAUGGGUGGGUGUCAGAGGUGGUUUUAGGGUGUUACGACUUUUUCGGCCACACUGGGUGCUACAGGGAGUGCCACAACAAUGCUGUAGAAUGCGAGAGGCAGUGGGGUGGGCACAUGCUGAAUUUUAGCACCACACAGGGCACUGCUGAAAUUUGAGAGCCUGUGAAGUCCUCCACAGUGGGUCUUUUGCCGAAGGAGCCUCCAAAACCUGGAGCCAACACUGACCUUGCGGCUCCUUAAAGGCAACUGGAUUUUGUGUGGCAUAAACUUCUGUGGGUCCAAUACUGUGGGUUGGGUCCUCCAGUCCACUUACGAAAGAGGGCACAGAUUCGCAUAAAAUUUGCGCAGGAUGCAAAUCGGCGUCCUCUUAUUCGGGUGGAGUGGAGGGCACCAAAACCAAAUCAGUAGCCUUACAGGUAACAAAGUGUCUGACAGGCAGAAUGUAAAUGGGUGAAGCUUCCCACACAGUUUGUAUUUCCGAACUAGAAAAGGCUGAACCUGUUGAAUUUUGGCCUGCCACGCAGCUGCUAAAAGCAGUAAGCUCCUUGCCAUCCCUCAGUGCCAACCUGCAUUUGCAGGUGUGAGAAUAGGAGGAGCAGGAAACUUUGGGGGCAGUGCUACUUCUUGCAGGCCUACUCUUUGCUCUCAUGUUGAUAUUAGAGCUGUGCAAGUUCUCCAGCCAAAGCUUGGAUCCUGAAUCAAAUUGAGCUGAUUCAGGUUGAUCCAGAAUUCAGUGGAUUAUCCCAGGUCUCGAUCAUCACCUUGUCAUGGUGAGUGGGCUUGCACAUUCCUAUGACCCAUGUGAGCGAAGCUGUCGGGAAUCUCGUACUCCCAACAGGGUCACCCAAGGCGGCAAGGUCCAAAGGGAGGAGCUAGACAAAGAAUGAUCCAAGAAGUCCUCAACGGCAGAACAGGCAAAAGAUAACAAGUGGUAAGUUACAACGGCUGUAAAGGCGGAUGAAGGCUACAGCAGAUAAGAAUCUACCAGUCAUUGUGACACUCAUGCCAUCAGAAUAGAGCCUUACUGCUGGGCUUGAUGGGAGAGGAAAUUGCAAAGGCAAAUCAAAGAUUAUUUAUGUGUGCAACGACUGCGUCGAGAACUUUAUUAGCCCCAAAUUGGAAAUUACAGGAGUUACCAACGUUGGAGGAGUGGUAGACGAAGAUGAUGGAUUAUGCGGAACUGGCAAAACUGACCUGCAAGAUCCCAAACCAGGAAGAAACAAAAUUCCAAAGAGAUUGGAGUAAAUUUAUUGACUAUAUAAAUAAUAACUGUAGAAGUUUGAAGACAUUAGCAGGACUGAAAUAAAUCUUACGACGUGGAUUUCUGGAAAGGACAGGAAACUGUGAGAUCUAGAUUGAAAAAGAAAGCCUGUGGCCAGGAGGGAGGGAAGUCAUUGCUCGGCAGAACGGUGGAAAAGGAGUUGCAUAGCUGAAUGUGGAAAUUUAUUGUUUGUUGUUUAAAGUGGAAAUUUAAUAAAAAUGUAUUUGAAAAAAAGGAAUAGAGCCUUACAGCAAAGACUGUGCGUUGGUCAGCGCACACUGAUCUUCACACAUAAAACAAAUUCAUGCACAGGCGUCUUCCACAAACCCAUCCCGGGUCAGAAUGGGGCCAAUCCCAAGAAUCAGAUCAGGCCCUGAAUUAGAUAUGCAACCCAAGUUGAUCUAUACAAGGACUAAUACUGACCGAAUACAGCUUCUUUUCAUCUUCAGAUGUGCAUAUAACCAGGUAGCCGUGCCCUGCACUGUUGGUUGUAUGGCUUAGUGCUGCCAAGGAACAGCACUGUAAAAAACGAAGAGAAGGUUGCAUGGGACCUUCUGCCAUCGUGUCCUUUGAACUUUUCAAUCCAGAAUGAGUCGUCUAAUCCUUGGUUCAGCUAUGGGGGCUGGUGAGCCAGCCUGGUACAGGGCUUGGCCCAGUUCCUGAACAGCAAAGGAAUGGGUGUGUGCUUGCUUAAUUAGUGUGAUUAACCUCUCUGACAAGUCAUCCAUUCAGGCAUAUCCUAUUUUUCAAAAAAGAACAAAAGGGAGGACACUUCUUUCUUCUGCCAAAGUUCACGAUCCUUUAAUAGCUGGAUGAAUGAGCAGAAAUUCAGCACAUAAAGCUUAUCCUGGUGUGUGGAGCCAAGUGAGAGAGAGAGAGAGAGAGAAACCAACUAUUCUGUGGUGAGAAGGCUUGGUUUGGAAUGUCAAUUUCAGUUCUGGAUACUGUGAAACAAUGUGAAAGAGAAUGCUUCUGAAUAUGUCAAAAGUGCAUAUUUCAAAGCCAUCACAUAAUUGUGCCGUAUAUAUCUCCCAUAUGUAUUUGAUCUCAGAGCUGUCUUUUCCAUUGGUGUUAGUGGUUCAUUGCGCCAGGGCGCUGGCCUCUCAGGGUCGCCCUAGUGAGUGGAAGAGCUGCACGGCUUUGCUGGCAGCCUCCCCUUUCCCUGCACGCCCACCAGCUGUGCCCUGCCAAGUAUAUGGCUGGCGGGUGUGCAGCUUCCUUCCCAAGCCUCCGCAGGAGGAGAGCAAUCCCCGCAGAGGCUUAGGAGGGAAGCUGCUUCCCUCCCAAGCCUCUGCAUCUGCUAAAGACGGCCCUGCUCCCGGUCAUGGUCCUCCUCCUGCUUCCUGGCGAAAGGUGGCGCACAGCCUUCCCGGGCGCCUCGACUCUGGAGAGCAUGUCCACCAGCACGUUUUCCUGCUUGAUAACCGCCACAGCCGGGGAUCAGGGCGGUGGGGAAGGCAGAGGACAUUUUCUACCGCCCUCUCCCUUGUUUUGGAGUUGCCGGGGGGGGGCGCCGGAGAGAUCUUUAACCACGGCGCCGUAUAUGCUUAAGAUGGCCCUGUUUGAUCUAAUAUAAUAUCUCCCAUAUAUUUUGGAUCUAAGAAAGGAAAGGCUUUGGGAUUUGUGAGGGUGUGAUUUUCAGACGAACUUGAGCUCUACCCCAGUUUCACUUCUGGUUUAUAGUUUUUGGCUCAGGGGUAAGUUGGCAUGUGAUUGAACGGUUCUGCUGUCAGCCUCAGCCCUAAUGGCUGCACUUUCCCCUCUCUGUUGUUCCACAGGUGAUGCUAUCUACUGCUUCAACUGCACCAGCACUGAAGGUUACAACUGCAGUACAACCCCACAAAAAUGCACUGACGCAGUCAACAGCUGCAUCACCAUUGCCCGGGAUGAAGACACAGGUAGGGUGGUUGUGAGUUUGCGCCUUAACCUUUCUCUGCUGCCAGGCUUCUGAGAUCUACAAACCAUUAAAGUUUACAUCUAGUCCCUCUGUUGUUUUUAACAUGCAGAUAGGCUGAUUCUCCUGUGUUUAAAAUGUAUCAUGAUCCUCACCCCAAUUUCUCGAGUGGUGAGACGUCCCAGUAUUUAUUGUCUAAAGUUAAACACUCUGAGAUUCUGCUCUGCUCCAGCAGUAUACCAUUACCGACAAUGUGCAGGGUCUUUAGGAACAUCUGUGGGGCUUUGAAGCAGGUGUGAAGAAAUUUAGGCCCUCCAGAUGCUGCUGAACUACAAUCCCCACCACCCCUGGUCAUUGGCCAUGCUGGGCGUUGUGGUUCAGAAACAUCUGGAGGUCCAAAGAUUCCCGACCCACUUUUAUAAAGAAAGUUUUGGGUUGCAUCCAACUAAAUUCUACUCAAAACACACCUACUGAAAUUAACGGAUCUGAUUAAGCCAUGUCCAUUGAUUUCAACAGCUCUACUUUGAGUAGGACUAGUAUCGACUACCACGCGCAACUAUUUCCCCAUGUCCAGUUGUUACAGUAAGGGGCUAUAUCCUUCUCUACCUCAGAGAAGCAGAUGCACAGAUAAGGGGAUGGCUUCUCGGUCUAAAAGACUUUCCCAUUCUUAGGGUCCCAGGACAUAGAGAACCCAACUUAUGAAAAGAAAUGCAACUCGGACGAUCGCCUCUGCAACAAGUUCUAUGGGCUGGUGGCGGGGGAUUUUCGCAUGCGCUGGAACUCCAGCUGCUGCCGGGCCGACCGCUGUAAUGUCAACAAUGUAAUUGGUAAGGAACUGGGGUUGUCUCGUGUCAAAGGAACUGGUCAGGACUUCUGUGUGGGGCUGGUUUAAUUGGUAUGCUCACUAAACCUUGGAGCAGAGUUCUAGUACAGUUGGAAAGCCUUCUAGGCUAUGAAUAUCUUGAGUCCUUUUGUGUAGAAUGUGGUCAUGCUCAGGGUCCAGAUGUAGGCACACACCCUUGCAAAGAAAACCACAAGGAGGUUCUCUGAAACCAUUCCAAGGAGUUUGUCCCACCUCAGAAAGGAUAUUGGACGAGGUUAAGAAAAGGUAAAUGAUAAAGGGGAUGGAAUGACUCCUCUGGGAAGAACGGUUGCAGCAUUUGGGACUUUUCCAUUUACAAAUAGCAUGGAGAAAGUUGCUGGAGAAAAGAUUUUAAUCUCUCCCACAGUUGGGGGCAGCAAUGCUUCUGAGUACCAGUUGCUGGAAACCACAGGAGAAGAGAGUGCUCUUGUGCUCGAAUCCAUAGCUUGGCCACUGUGAGAACAGGACUCGAUGGAUCACUGGCCCAAUCCAACAGACUUCUCAUAUGUUCUUAUGUUAACUUUAGAGAUGUUGACCAAAAUGGUGAAAGCACGGGCAAGGCAAAGGUCCUUUCCAAUUGCUUUUUAAUAAAUAAUAAUUAUUUUUUAAUUUUUUUUGAGGGAAAUAUGAAAGUAUUUGCAAUACAUAUCUGCAAUACGUAUUUGCAGUAUAUACGUGUCCAAAUCUGAAAGCCAUGUGGAUUGUGGACAGAGCUAGGCACAAUCUGAAAUUCACUGGCUUUGAAGAGUUACUGGGCAAGAACACAGUUUUACAUAUUAAGACUGACAACGUACUGACUGUGGUAACACUAAUGCAUGUACUGUCUUAGCUUUCUCUGGCCCUUUUCAUGAAGUGUGGCCAAUAUAUAUGUAAGGUAAAGGGACCCCUGACCAUUAGGUCCAGUCAUGGCUGACUCUGGGGUUGUGGCGCUCAUCUCUCUUUAUUGGCCGAGGGAGCUGGCGUACAGCUUCCGGGUCAUGUGGCCAGCAUGACUAAGCCGCUUCUGGCGAACCAGAGCAGCGCAUGGAAAUGCCACUUACCUUCCCGCCGGAGUGGUACCUAUUUAUCUACUUGCACUUAGACGUGCUUUUGAACUGCUAGGUUGGCAGGAGCUGGGACCAAGCAAUGGGAGCUCACCCCAUCGUGGGGAUUCGAACCGCUGACCUUCUGAUUGGCAAGUCCUAGGCUCUGUGGUUUAACCCACAGCGCCACUAUAUGUAGAACCUAAUUAAACCUAAUGUUUCUGUGUGUGGAGAAGGGUGCCAUGAACUCCAUCCUUCCUCAACCUGGCACCCUCCCGAUGUUUUGGACCACAACUCCCAUCGGCUGUAUGAGCCUUAGGCAGCGCAACUGAUGGGAAUUGUAUUCCAAAACAUCCUGAGCUUGAGGAAGGCUUCCCUCUACUCUAUCAUAUGUAAGGAAACUAGAUUUUAGAGAUGUUGAACAUGGCAGGAGAUCACAUCCCUUUUUUCUCCUCCAUCCACAGUACAAAAAGCGUCACAGCAGCCUAACGGCGUUCGUUGCAAUUCUUGCUUUGUCUUUGGCUCUGAUAUUUGUCUGAACAACACGGAGCUGGCCUGCACUGGGACUCUGACACAGUGCAUGCACUUUGCCACCACUGCCAAAAACGGUAAGUGGAGAAGUAAUACUGGAGGGGUAAUCGGUAUUGGGCUAGAUUGGGGCAGCCAAUGCGAUGGCCUCCAAAUGUCAGUAGUCUACAACUUCCAUAAUCUCUGACUGAUGGCCACGAUGGCAAGAGCUAUUGGGAGUUGGAGUCCAACCUUGGGAGGGCACCCUAUUGGCUACCCCAGUAUCCCAUGGUUAGAUGACGACAGAAAGGUUAGCUCCAUCCUAACUGCAGAGUAAUUGGUUGGCAGGGUGACACAAGGCAGGGCAGUGUUGCUUACCUGGCUUCCCAAUGCUGAGUGUUGCUGCUGGUUCCUGAGAGGGAGCUCAACGCAGGGUAGGUGUGUUGCUGCUGUCACUGUAUCCGCACUGCGCUGAGCUCCUUGUGCCUCACAUGAAGUUGCCCAUCAACAAAAUUAGCACCAGGACAGCAGACUGAGUGGAACCUAGAGGUCACCUGGGGACAGUUUACCCCACAACAGUGAUAUUGUAUUUCUAUUUCAGUUUGAGGCUGUGUACACACUUAGCUGUUUGUAGUGCAAAAAUACAGUUUUUCUCAGUACAGGGUCAUUCAUGCUCAUCCCCAAAAUGCUGCUCUCAGUCUAGGUUGAGUGUAGAUCCUGCUCUCCAUGCAGGUGGGUGUGGUUACUUGGUAUGUGUUCGAAAACUCUCCCCUUGCAAUCUUUGCAUACUCCCACCCACAGUGCCAUUGGGCAGGUGUGGAUACCCCUCCAAUUUGCUGGGACCGCCUACGUCUGUUUUCAAACAUACACAUCGUCGGGCAACAGAGUCAAUUGCAGCAAGCUUUCAUUUUUGGAAUGAAACCAGUUUCUCAGGAAGCUCUUUUCAGGAGCAAGCAAUAUGCAACAACUCUAGAUUGUGUUGACCAGGUUGGGGGGGGGGAGAGAGAGAACUUGCUCCCCAUUGAUUCUAGAACAAAAUGUUGCACGUACAUAGCCAUAGGAAUGAUUUCUAAAUAGGCAUUACCUAUAAAUUAGCACAUGGAAGUUCUAUACAAAUCUGCACCCUCCUUUUUGCUCGGGCAAUUCCACGACUCUACUUUUCUGUCCUUUGUUACAGAGGAAUCCAAGCACCAACAGGUUGCCUUCACAGGAUGCGCCACCAAGACCAUGUGCGAAAUGGGAGCCGAAGUGCUGUUUGUUGCUGGCCGCAAUGUCAAAGUCAAGGUCAACCUGUGCAGCAGUGCACCAGGAGUCCCCUCCCAAUAUAAUCUGGCCCUGUCUGUCUUGGCAGGGUUACUCUUUCUUGCCCGUUGGUCUUGAUUCUUUUUAUAUCUUCCCUCCCACAACUUUCUUAUGUUGGUCCUCUCCUGCUUUUUCUUCCUCUCCUGUAAGUUUUCCUUCAGUUCUCCACCCCAGACAUCCAUUCCAGCCAGGAACGGGAGAGGAAUUCAAUCCAUUUUGCUUUUAGAGGCGAUCCUACUUGAUUUGCAAAUUCCAAAACAAUAAGCAAACCAAAACACAGCCAUUCCGCGAGCUUUUGCACUUUGAAUUUUGCAGUGAAGUUCUCCAGCCCAGUAAUGUGUGCCGAGAUGCAUGCGCUCAGGUAAAAUGUGCAUAAAAUGCACCUAUUCAUAAAAACAGCAGUCAAAAUGCAUCACGUAAGGGAAAAUUGCUUUGCAAAAAUGUGUACGUUAUGCAGAAUUGCAGACAAAUGGGUGUCUAUUUGGAUGAAAUUUGCAAUAAAAUGCAGCUGAAUUUUCACAAGGCCUUUUUAUAAACAACAACAACAAUGAACUGAUGUGGAGAACUAAACUUAAGGCUGGAAAAAUGAGAAAUGAAGAGAAACUGAAGCCAACAUAUUUGCUCACCCCUACUUAUAUUUCCCCUCUCGGAAUAUUUCUGCAUGUUGCCCUACAUCUUUCACUGAUGCUAUGGACUGAGUAAGGUCAGAAGCUCUUCACAGCCCCACAACAUCUGCCAAUGUUCACUUCAACCUAAGCCCACCACACCUUGAAGGAAGGAGCUUUGUGUUGUGUCCAGGCCUUCUCCACCUAUCCCCUGUAUGUAGGGUGUAUUGCUAAUGACUAUUGGGGGGGGGGGAGAGACCUUAGUCCUAUGGAAGGUCAACAAACUCAUCUCAUAUAUCAGAGCCAGCGCCAGUGUGAUGAACAGAGCAUAGGACAUGGACCAAGGUUACCCAUAGGCACCUGACUGGCCACUGUGAGAAAAGGACACUGGAGUAGAUGACCCUUUGUCCUGACCCAGCAGGGGCUUUUCUUAUGAGACCUGGGUUCAAAUCCCUGCACAGCCAUGGAACUCACAAUGUGACUUUGGGCCAGUCACUUGCUCUCAGGGUUGCUAUACCAAUAACAUGAAGGGGAAAAGGGCCUCUUGAGAAACCUUUGGAGGGAGGGUAGAAUCUCUGGUUGGUUCAGUUUGGAUUUAAUGGAAAUGUGUAUCAUUUCACUCACCACAUUUUAAAGCCAGUCAGUCUACUGUGUUUGGGGACUCUGCUGCUCAUUUUACUGCAUGAGGCCCUGGGCUUCUUCCCCAAAUGUCUUGCCCUGAUGACAUCACUGGGUGGGACAAAUAUUGAAAAUCAAUGUGUGCAGCCAGUGAAGUGCAAAGCUAGAAAAGUGGGUUAGAUUCCACUUAGUAGUAGAUUCCCAUGACAAAAGUGGUGCAUGCUCUGUGCCUCUCCUUCCCCCAAACAAAAUGUUAGUAACAAGGAAAUAAAAGAAAUUGGCCAAUCAGGUGGAAAUGUAUAUAUCAGGCACACUUUUGCAUCUGUUUGCUUCUUUUUCAUAAACUCAGCUAUUGGCAAAAUAUACGCAAAUAUAUAUAUAUAUAUUCAUUUUUAAAAAAGCAAUGGCUAAAAGAAGGGAUGGCUAUACAGAAGGUAGAUUUAUUGCAGCACAAGGGUGUGAUAUGCAGGAAUGAAGGAACAGAAUCCAUAUAAACCUCCUGCUACUGGCAGCCCAUCAUUUGCUCAAAGAUCACACUCAGUACUGCAGAAAUGCUGUCCUUCUCUUCUCUGUGUAUGUCAAAGUUACAUGUGUGUUAACUUUCAUUUUUUUUAAGCAAUAAAAGAAAUACCAACCAGAUUCUGUUUUCUCGAAAAUCUGUCAAAUGUGCAUUUUAUGUAUAUGGUGGGGCACCGAGCAGGGAUGAGGAACCUAUGACUCACCAGGUGUCGUUGGAUAAUACCUCAUAUUUGCCAUACCAGGAGUGCCACCGGUUCCUUACACCUGGUAUUACACCGAGUGAAAUCAGUCUGUAGGAAAGGAAAACCACCACUCACUAGAAUGGCUUCACAGCCUGUCAUAAAUUUAUUGGCCUAAGUUAAUGUGUUUUGAAAGGCUGUGCAUCUACUGGAAACAUAGCAAACAAUUUCAGCACCAAUAGCCUCUCAAACCUGCAGAGCCAGUGUGUAUUUCCUGAUACACCAGCCUCCCAAAAGCAUUGCAGAAUACAAAUAAAACAAGAAAGCUCACAUUCUGUGAGACAGUUUAAUUCUGCACCAGUUGGAAGUCAAUGCCCCCCCCCUUUGGAUGAACGGUGUGUUAAUUGGUUGUUGUGCUCUACAGAAUCUCUUUUGACAUUGCCAUUGCCAUUGUAUGGUAGGGUACUUUCAAUGUACAAUUGCACAGCCUUCUCUGUUGUCCAUUCAGACAAGCAAGAGUCAUUAUGAGAGGUAAAGGACCCCUGGACGAUUAAGUCCAGUCAAAGGCGACUAUGGGGUUGUGGCGCUCAUCUCACUUUCAGACCGAGGGAGCCGGUGUUAGUAUAAGGGCAUAUUCCAGCCAGGCCAUAACAUUCAAGUUGGAGGUGAAGCAAGGCCAUUGAGGGGUGUGGCUAGGGAAAGGUCUAGGGAGAAUCCCAAGGGCCAGGCAAAGAGGCCGAAAGGGCUGCAUUUGGUCCCUGGGCCUGAGGCUCCUCUUGUGCAUGUUGUUGAACUCCAACUCCCAGCAGCCCCAGUCAGCAUGGCCGGUUGUGAGGGAUGAUGGGAAUUGUGCCACCCAUGAUGAUGUUGGAACCACAGGUUGGCCACUGCUCCACUCGUUCUUACAGAUCUGAAUAUGUCGUUCUGCUUUUCUGGGAAUGGACUAAGGGCUGUUCCCUACUUCCUUUGGAGCUGCUGCUUCCCCGCCUCUCCUGUGGGGCAGCCAUGAUUGCCCAGUGUGGUGUAGUGGUUAAGAGCGGUAGUCUCAUAAUCUGGGGAACUGGGUUCGCGUCCCCGCUCCUCCACAUGCAGCUGCUGGGUGACCUUGGGCUAGUCACGCUUCUCUGAAGUCUCUUAGCCUCACUCACCUCACAAAUUAUUCACUCAUACUUUGGACAAGAUCCUUUUGCAAUGUUUACCUACAAAAGUAAGUUCCAAUCAGCAAAAUAUCUUUCUAAGUGGCAGGUUAUGUUCAUUUUAUUACUUCCUUAAUCUGGGCUAGGGGAUUAGCCUCUAAAUCGUUCCUGCUACUUUCUCCUCCUGAGUGGAGUGGAGGCAGAGAAGAGAGAGAGGUUUAAUUAUGGGUUUUCUCUCUUUUGUUGUGUUUGAAAAGGCCAAGCAGCACCAAGAAAAUAAAAAAGUGAGAGGAAAUAAGUAGAUAAUACCAACCUCCCUGAGAGAAACUGACUCUGGGCCCAUUCAGACAGGUUGAUUUAUUUACGAUAUUUAUGGGAUCUCAAAGCAGAAGACAAUGAGCCUGUGUUAAUUCUUAACAUCGCUGACAGUUGCACACAAUUUUAAAAUAAUGCCUCAGCUCCAUCCAAUUCAUUUUAAUCAAGCCUAUUUCACAAGGUCAUGUUUUUAAAUUAAAAUGUGCUUAGUUUUUUCAACACAACCAUCCUCCCAAGACAUUCACUAGAGGGUGCUGUAGCACCAUAAGAAACCAACUUGGUUUAUUAUUCUGGCUGGAAGUAUUUUAUGCAUUUCAGCUUGUGUGCCUGGCAGCCUUGCUAGCAGUGAUACCCAGCGAAAAACGCAGCAGGCAGAUAGAAAUGUUUCUAUCCUGACUCUGCAACCUCCCAAGUUGUAAAGAAAGGAUGUAGGAGUCUUGGCUCUCACUUCCCAAUCUUCUGAAACUCACUCCUUCUUUUAGAGGAGUCCUGGCUCUGUUCUCUUGCUCCAGCACCCCCCCGAACCCUUCCUCCAAAAGAACCAAGGAUCUCCAAGUCUUUAGGGCAGGGGUGUCCAAACUUUUUUAAAAGAGGGCCAGAUUUGAUGAAGUGAACAUGCAUGAGGGCCAACCAUUUUGCCUGACAUUCUUUGAACCAUUAAAAUUAAAUGCAAAUAAAAGGCAAAUUAACUAUUUUAUGCAAAGUUUAUUGCGAACGGUACACUGUCUUUUUCGCUCUAUAGGACGCACCAGAUGAUAAGACGCACCUAGUUUGGGGGGGAGGAAAACAAGAAAAAUAAUAUUUUGAAUCCGAGAAGCCAGAACAGCAAGAGGGAUCUGGCUUCUGGGAUACCGUGUGGCUGUUCUGGCUUCUGGGGUAACUGUGCCAAGCCUCUUCAGGGCAGCGGGAUGAAGGCUCCCCCUGCCCGAAGAGGCUGCGCGUGGCUAAGGCAGAAGCCAGGACAGGCACGUCACUGAAGGGGUGCUGCGCAGUUAUCCCUCUCUGCACAGCGACUCUCCUGCGAAGGAGAGGCGCUGCGCAGAUAGGGAGAGCUGCUCAGCACCCCUUCAGCGAAGCGGGUGGAAGAACAGAACGGGCUCCGUUCCUCCUCCCGCUUCGCUGAAGGGGCGCUGCGCAGCUCUACCUCUCUGUGCACUUCAUAAGACGCACUCACAUUCCCCCUUACUUUAUAGGAGGAAAAAAGUGUGUCUUAUGGAGCGAAAAAUAUGGUACUUUUCCUUUCGUCACAUGGAUGACAAAUCACUCUGCCUUUCAUAUCUGAAGGCCAGAUGAAAAAAAAUAAUAAUCCAGGAAGCUGUAAUGUAUGUCAGAAACAUUGUAAAGUACAUUACAUAUUAUUGGUAAUAAAGGUUGUCUGUCAACUUUUAAGUUCAAAAAAUAUUAACAGGAACAUAAAACCAGGUAUACAUGUUGUGUUCACAAUAUGUCAUCAAGCAAGGUAUUCCAUUAGUUCUGGUUCUCUGUCCCACCUGCAAAAUUGCACAUUCCCUUAGACAUGCAUGGUUCUAGUGUUCAAAAUUUGUACUGUUGUACCUUUCACAACAGUCCUGUGAAGUAGGCUGGGACAAAUCCUAACCUACUUCACACGUCUGCUGUGAAGGAUACUCUUGAUAAUUUUUGAACAAUUGAAACAUGCAUGCAUAAGAGAAUAUGCAAUUUGUGCUGAUGGUAGCAAUCAUUCCAGGGGAUUAUUCACAACUGCCUAAUUUCUAACGAACCCUGCAAGUCAAAUGAAAGCACCUUGUUGCUAAACAAAAAACAGAAAACAUGCUAUUGAUUCAAAAGUUGCUCUCUUGCAUUUCCUCUCUACUUCACCAGCGAUCCAUAAAAAAGAGACAUCCCAACUCAAAGGCGUAUCUCAGGGUCCUUUCUUGUGUAAAUGUGCCUGCAGGGUGAAAAUCUGGGCAGAAGACGGAACUAUCCCCACUCGCUUCAAACAGAGGCAUCUUAACUUUUCUCGUCUCCAGCAUAUUUUCUCAGGGUUCUUCCCCUCCCCGUAAAAAACGAACCAAGUGGAUCGAGAAGAGAGAAGCCGCCCAUUCCCCCGCUCCUCCCCCUCCCCACCCCUCCAAUUCUUGUCUCCUGCUGCUGCCACCUGCGGCAAGGGAUACCAUCCAGGGGAGCGCUCGACUUGGCAGCCACAGGUGUGUGUUUCUUUUGGGUGGUGUCAUUUCUCCUCCGCCACCCCUCGACUUUCUCGCGCACAGCCAGCUUGGCUCAAAGGAGAGAAGAUGGCAUGAUUGGUUGCUGAUUACCCAGUGCUGGGAAUUUUGCACACACGCUGGAGACAAAACUCAGGCUAGGGCAGGGCCGUCUUAAGCAUAUCUGGUGCCGUGGUGCAAAGAUCCCUCCAGUGCCCCUCUUGUUUCCCAGAAUUGUUGAUGUUUUUUUAAGGGGGGGAACCCCAAAGUUGUUUACUUUUUUUAGGAAAGGCUGCUACUGCCCUCACACUGCUGCCCUGUGCUUCGGAAUCGCUUCCCGACGUGUUUAACAACCUGAGCCUUUGAUAAGGCCUCAGGCACAUUCUUCAGCAGAGUUUCCAGCACAGGAAAGAGACGAGAGGUUUGGGCUACAUUGCAAAGAGUUUUAUUACUAAGCUACGCAGACAAAAAACACAUCCUCUCUCUAUGAAAGCAGAGAGCAACUGAAACAAAGGAACAAAGGAAACAGGAAACUACUAACAUCACAUCCUGUCUCCCGUCUCCCGUGAGACUUCCAAUAGCAUGGAAUGUGUCUGGAAUGUAAACAGAGUCCUGUGACUCUAAGCAGCUGCUCAGUGGCAAACAGAAACUAACAGGAUCUUGGUGUGGGGCUGGGCAGCCCGGCGCGAUGGGGGAGGCAGGUGGGGGUCUCGUCCGGGCAGGGACAGGCGAAGCGAGCUGGAUCAUCUGCGUCGCCGCAGCAGAGAAGCGCGCUCACUCAGCUGCAGUCUCGCCAUCCUUGCUUGGGGAGGAAGUGGGGGAGGAGAGAGCCUGACUGGGAAGGGAUUGGGCAGGGGAAGGAAAUGAGUUUCAUGUGAAGGAGUGCAGAGGUGGUGUGGGCAGCGGGAGGAGGCAGGCUCCGUGCAAGGCAGUGGAGAAGCUGGGGAAGGAGAGAGGGGUGCUGGGGGCAGCAGUUGCAGCAUGUAGCCUCGAGCACGGGGAUCUUUUGAGGUAGAGUGGACGGGAGGAGCGGUGGUAGAGGCACGUUUAUUAUGCGCAGACCUUGGGAUGCAAGCACACACUACACAGCCAAGGAGGUGGUGUGUCUCGGAGGCAGCGGAAAGAGCUCCGGACUGCGGGAAAGCACCCAGAGCCUCCUGCCUCCGAUGGGCACCGGAGACACGCAGGCACCAAGCCCCCACUCCGCCUCACUUACCUUCCUGCUCUCCCCUCCCAAGAUUCUCCCCAGACUCUCCACCUGGUGCCCUACACUGCUUGGCGCCCUGGCUCGCCGCACCACUAUGCCCAAAGGUAAAGACGUCCCUGGCUUGCCUGCUUGCCUGCCUGCCUUCCUGCCCUCGGUCCUCACACCAGAAUCAGCUCAGGCAGGACACGCACGCAUGGCAAGUGAAGCCUCCCCUCUUGCCAGCCUCCAUGGGCCAUUUUAAACUGGAACACGGGCUGCAGUUGGUCCGCGGGCCGGACUUUGGACGUGCUUGACGGGAGGUGCCUCUUGCUGGAGUCCCGUAGAAAGCAUCGGCACACAUCCAAAAGACAUGUGCACGAUAUAAAGCGUAGUAGCAGAUCCAGCAAAAGCAAAAUUGUGUAGGAAUUGUGGCAUCAAGUAUUUUAUUAUUUACAGCAAAAGAAACAAAAGAAACAUGGCUUUUUGUGUGAGCUCCUUCUCACACAUCCUCUCUAGCCCUUAGCUGGACAGAGAGCAAAAAUGGAAGUUUGUCGGCUUGACUUCCGCUCACACACACGGUGAUAAGAAAUGAAAUCAUCUGAUCACGUGACCCUCUGCAAUAGUGGCAGUGGAAAAUACUAACAAUGCUUGCUCUAGGGCAGCUUCCAGGCAACUUGCUUGAGCAUCCACUCUCAUUUGGUUGCAGAAUGUUUGCAGGGAGGUUAGACAACAUUGGCUAUUGACUGAGCAUUUAUUUUGAUUUGUUUGUGGGGAAGUUAAAAAACAUUGUGCAAAGCAAUUGCUAUGUCACACUUUGCAGUGCAUUUCCUGUUUUGUUUUGUUCUUAGUAAGUGGGUUGGUUGUACAUGAGCUCCAGAUCAGCCUUAAUUGUACAGCCUGAAUUUGGCAGUGUGUGAUUCAAUACCAACUGAAAAUAGUGACACUCUGUAAAUUCCCCAAGGGAAAGACCCCUCCACUCCAGCAUGAUUAUUUGGCAGUCUUGGCAAUGCCAACGCCAGCUUUUUAGAGAAGAAGAAUCCAAGAACCUUUAAAUCUUAAUUUUCAUGUCCUUCCUCCCUAAUCUGCUCCAACUAAAUGCAGUUUGGAACUGGUGUACUUUAUGCCAACUUCUUAUGAAGGCUUGCUUGAAACUGGUUCCUUAUGUUUAGGAUUCCCCACUUAAUUGUAUUUUGUAAAUUAUUCUUCACUAAUAGAUGCACUUCUAUGCACACUUUCCUCUAAUAUAGUGCUGGCCCAGCCAUGAGGGAAAUAAAGAAUGCUUAAUUUUCAUAUGCAACUGACUGUCACCAGUAUGUUCCUGGCAGCUGUCCGUCGACCCUGGAACACCCUAGACUUGCUAACACAGCUGUCUUUUCUGCCAGCUGCACUUCAGGUUUGAGUGGAACUCUAUGGUCUAGUUCUUAGUUCAAGUUAAAGCGAUGGAGAACUAGGAUUGUGGAUUACAAACUCCCAACCUUGGUCUGGCUUUGGGGGUGACAGCAGCAACGUGGGCCUGAUUACAAGCUGCCAAAGCUUUGUGAGUCACAAGAGCUCGUCUUGCUCAGCAGAGUAUCAUUAACUAUCCUUGCUUGGCUAAGCCUAAUUCUCAGAGUGGUUUAACUAUCAACCCCUCUUCCCAGAAUUCAUGGAAAUGGUAGCUCUGGAAUCCAUUGGUGAACAUACCAAGGGUACUCAACAAAAUGUAUGAGUUUGGACAGGUAGCAGGAUUUAAGUUAAAUAAAAAUAAAAUGAAAUUAUUGGUAGAAAAUAUAAAUGAAUUACAAUUAGCAACACAACUAACAAUUGAAGAAAGGUGAAAUAUUUUGGGUGUAUGGCUAACUGUUAAAAACAUAAAUAUAUUUAAGGAUAAUUAUGAAACAAAUUGGAAAGAGAUAAAGAACUUGGAAAUUUGGGGAAGAAUAAAUUUAUCACUUGGGAGAAGAAUUUCUGUUAUAAAGAUGCAUGUAUUGCCAAUAAUACAUUCAGUUUUGUUUCAGACAAUACCUGUGGCCAGUGGGGAUGGACACUUCAAACAAUGGCUAAAAGAUAUAACUAAAGUUAUCUGGCAGGGGAAGAAACCAAGGAUUAAAUAUAAAUUACUAAUAGAUGAUAAAGAUAGAGGGGGGCUUCUCCUUGCCAGAUUUAAAAUUGUAUUAUGAGGCGUCUUCUCUCUGCUGGCUAAAGGAAUGGAUAAUUCUAAAAAAUACAGAGAUAUUAGACCUUGGGGGUCAUGAUAACAGAUUUGGAUGGCAUGCAUAUUUGUGGUGUGAAAAGACCAAAGUACAUACAGGUUUUUUGAAUCAUGUAAUAAGAAAAGCAACUGUCAGGGGUUCAGGGAGAGAGGCACAGGGUAGGCAGGAGAUGGAGAGCGAAGGGGAUGAAUCCCAAGCCAGCGAGGAAGAGGAUGACAAUGACUCAAGAGAUUCCAUGAGUCUUUCCAGCGAAUCAGAGGAUUCCCAGAAGGGGGCGCCGGUGGUCAAGGCCAGGGGAGCCCCAGGGGGGACGUGUCAGGAGCAGGGGGCCAGCGGAGGAUCCCAAAGUGGCAGCUGGGCAUCAGGACCAGCCUCCCCACCAGAGUGCAGCGAAGGGGAUGGAGUUUCCAGUGUGUCAGGGGAAGCAGCUCCGGCAGCAGAGAAAGGAGGGAGGUCAGAGCAAGCCGCCCUCCCGGAAGGGGAGCAGUGAAGGGAGUAGUGUAACUGUCAAAAGGAAAGUUAGAGGUUUGGCGCGUGCGCCAAGUUCAAAUGUAGAGGCGCGCGGAAGUACAGGGAGCCCGGAGGAGGGGCCAGGUCCCAAAGCCCGCAGGAGGGGGGGAAGAGCAGUCUGAUUCCGCGUCAGAGGAAUCCAGGAGGGGCGAAACCCCAGCGGGCAGAAGGACCCUGCGGAAAAGGAAGGAGAGAAAGAGGUGGAGCAGCGCAAGCCUCUUAAAUUGGUGCAGGGAGGGACGGAUUCAGAGGGGACUUCAGCGGUCUAAGCGUAGCAGACGUAAGGCUGCGCGCCUAGGAUGUCAAGCAAACAAUGAACUGCAAUAAACACUUUUGUAUAUAAGAAGACAUAGGCGUUGGUCUUUUGUGAGCUGAGACUUGAGGCAGCCUUUACAGCAACCUAUGGUGUAUGGGGAAAGUAUGAAAAUUUGUUGGAAAAGAAAACCCCAUGGUGGCUUUUCCCAAUGGAAGCGAUAUCCUUGAAAAAGGUUAAUGCGAAAGCUUAUUGGGCAAUUUAUAAAGAGGGGGGGACAACAAUUGCUCAUUGAGGGGGAACAACAAUUAAAAUUUAAAAACAUGGAAGAUAUAAGACAGUUAGUCACAGAUUUGUUGCAGUAUGAUCAAUUGAAGUGUUUAAAGCAGAUAAGAAAAGAGGAUUUAGUACAGAAUAUUCAAGGUUUGAAAAGGAAUUAUUGGGAAAUAAGGAGAAGUUACUGUCUAGAACGUAUAAAUUGUUGCUAGAAUGGCAUACGAAGGAUGAAGAAGUUAAAUCAGUAAUUGUUAUGGCUUCGUCUCUUUCACAAACGUGAAAUGACUCUGGCUGUUAAUUAAUUUAUUGCUAAAACAACAAACUAGGACGGAGCUCCUCUACUCAUCAUCCUCCCCAGAAGAUGGAGUUGCCCGGACUGAGCUCCUCCCCCUUCCCCAGCAUGGAAGCCCCCACCUUCUCUUCCGGUAUCUUUCGCAAGUCUCGGCCACUUUUGAAAUCCUAUGAGACUUGGGAGAGAAUGCUUCCUGCAUUCCAAUGUCUGACUCACUACUGGAGCUCUCACACAUCAGCCUGUCACUCUGGCCCUGUCUUUUGUCUCAGAGGUCAGAUUACAGCUGCUCUCCCCCUCCUCUCUGUCUUCCACUGUUAACUGUUCUCUCUCUAUGCCUGCUUCUUCUUCUCCUGUCAGCAUCUGAGCUUCGUUGACAGUAAUGAUAAAAUGGGCACAAGAUAUAGGGCACAAUAUUUAACUUGAGUCAUGGGAAAAACUAUGGAAAGAAAACCUGAAAUUUACAGUGUGCUGUUCAUUGAAGGAAAAUUAUACGAAAAUGAUGUAUAGAUGGUAUUUAAUACCAAUAAAAUUAGCAAAGAUGUAUAGAACUGCUUCUAAUGUAUGUUGGAAAUGUAAAGAAAGAGAAGGGACAUUCCAGCAUAUGUGGUGGACGUGUAAGGUAACAAAAGCAUUCAGGAAAAUGGUAUAUAAUGAAUUGAAGAAAAUGUUUAAUAUAAGAUUUACAAAAAAAACUAGGGACUUUUUUAUUAGGUGCUUUAGGAGGCCUUUUUUAUUAGGUGUUUAUUGUGGCGGUGCAGAAAAGCCCAGCCCUGAUCACAUGAUGCAGUGGACAAUAGCAAUGAACAUUAACUUUGGGGGCGGGGCCCAGCAUCCUCAAAUAUUUUAUUGUGGGAGCCAAAGCCCCUUCCCCUGUAACCUUCACCCAACUCCUCUGCACCUGCCUCCUCUGCCCACAUAUCACCCCCUUUGGGGCCCUGCCCAUCCCUGACACUCUGUGAGGGUAAUUGAGGUGGGUCUUCUAAUAACUUUCAGCCCCCUUAAUAAUCUAUAUUUCCCACCGUUUCUGAUGAUACUGCUGUAAAUGCUGCACCCCAUUAUACAAGACUCACCAGUACUGAUGCUGACUCCAUAGUAGAAGCAGUGAUCCUCCUUAUUUUUAUAGUUGAGCCACACAACUGUCUGAAAUGAGGGAGAAGCAACUUGGGCCCUUGAGCCCGUUGGGCAUCCUCUGCUCAUACUCAGGCAAUGUCAAACAACCCUUGCCGUUAGUCUGCUCAGCGUAUUUCUUUUGCAGAUGCAAUCCACCUCUCGUUGUAGGUGAGUGGCGGGAAUUGUACCAGCUUCCAGCAUUUCUCCAAGUGCAGCGCUUCGGCCUCGCUCCAUUCACUCAGGGCUACAUUCCAAGAUACAAAAUGGUAGCCACACACACACAAAAUGGUGGACAAUGUUCUACAAAACAGUCCUCUUUCUUAGGGAGAUGUAAUGAUCUCAGGCAGGCAAACAAGCUCUGAUACGAAUUAAUGAGCCUCUUGGAAGAUUUAUGGUAAGUUUAUUAACAAUUAACACACAGAGAGUGGCACGAGCCCGCCAUUCUCGGCUAAGAAUUGCCCAGUCUGUGUCCCUGCCGUGUACGCAACAUGAAGGCCGACAAUGUCCAGUCCUUCCCCUCUUGUCCUUCUGUUGCAUCUUAACUCUUUCCUAUCUCCUGCUUUGUGGAGAAAGUGGGCAGACUUCACCCCCACUCUCUAAAGAAGUGUACUCUGAAUGCUGCUUUCCUCCAGGUUGCCUAGCAACUCCCCCCAAGGUCGUCUCCCCUUCAUUCCCAGACUGUGAGCUUCCUGGGUCUGCUGCUCUAAAAUGUCUUGAAACUCUGAAGGGUGCAGGCUCAACUCACCCACUCUGGUGCUGCCUGUGUCUGCGUUCUCUCAGUCUCAGAGUCAGACCUUUCCCAGUCGUCUGACUCUACUACAUCCCUGGCAAAUGUUCCCCCCAACAAAUGUUGCAUUUGGAAAAAACACACACAGGAUACAACACUCAUUAUUGGCUACAUAUAUUUAUUUUGGACAUGCUUCAAUGACCUCAUUUGAACAUGAAAGUCAAAUACAGCCUUUCCUUGAGGAGGAGCUUCUAGACUUCUGGCAAUAAAGGCUGGGAGGCUUCAGGCUGAGACCUCCGCUGAUUCAAGCACAAGGCAGCCAAUUUCCCUAAAUUGUGGGUUCUUCUGGGAGUUGGAGAUUUGUUCUCUCUCUCAACUACAGUUCACAGACAGAGUGAUUUGCUUUGAAGCACUCUGCUCUAGUGAUCCGGACUCCCAAAUAAUCACCCUUAAUCUCUGUCAAUCCAUGAAUGGAGCGACACAUAUUUGCCGUUGCACAGCCUCGGGUAGCAAUCUUUACCGUAUUAUUCCCUGUUGAAAAAAACACACAGACAUGUGUGUGUGUGGGGGAAAUGGAAUAAACAGCUACAGGGAUCUAGGCAGGAAUUCAUCAAGGUUUAUCAAUGAUCUUGCAGUUUUCAGAAGAGCGGUGUUAUGUAGUGUAGUUUCACCCUGGGCCAACAGGGGGAUACUGUAUAUAGUUUUCACUCAGGUCUGUAGAUAGUUUUCACUCAGGUCCGCGGCAGUUAUUUUAGGCGGGAACUCUGGGCUGUUGUGGUUACAAUGUUGACAGCCGGCUGCCUAUAAAUACAGGCCGGCUGAGCUGUUCGCAGUUAGUUCUAUUCCAGCUUACCAUAAUAAAGAGCUACUUGAAGAAAUCGCUGUGCCGGCUGCUAUGUCAACCCACCACCUAACACUGGCGACGAGGAUGGGAUUGAUGGACAUCAGAGCACAGCCAGAUGCGGCCAGCCUCUGAACUGAGCUGAAUCACUGAGCUGAAUCACAGAGCGAAAUCACUGAGCGAAAUCACUGGGCAGAACCAAUUCAGAGCUGACUGUUCUGGCUAGAGCACUGUGUUCCAUCCAUCGCCCUUCACGCCGGCAUCGGAAUCAUGGCUUCACUUGUGCCUCUACCGCCGUUUGCGCCAGCCUCUGAAUCAUGGGACUCCUACCUCGCUCGGUUCGACUGCUACCUCCAAGCCAACGAGCUGACAGAAGUAUCACAGGAGCGGAAGCGGGGCCUAUUCCUCAGCCUCUGUGGGCCUGAGGUGUUUGAGACGGCCCGAGCGUUGGUUGCGCCUGAAGCAGUCCAGGCAACACCAUGGGACACGAUCCAAGAGAAGCUCCGCAACCACUACGCACCAAAGCCGUCCAAGAUUGCUGCCCGCCAUGCGUUCUACCACCGGAACCAGGCAGAGGGGGAGUCAAUCAACAACUACACCACCGCCCUGCGACAGGCUGCAAUGCACUGUGAGUUCCGAGACUUAGACGAUGCCCUGAUGGAUCGAAUCGUCUGCGGGGUCCGGGACAUCCAUCUGCAACGGCGCCUCCUAGCCAAGCCAGACCUCACGCUACAGAAAGCCAUUGAGGAGGCUGUGGCCUCAGAAGCUGCUGAACGCUCCGCCCAGGAGAUCCGCAAGUCCAGCAGCCCGCGUCUUGCUAGGGAGCCAGUUCCGGUGCAUCAUGAAAAGGUAAGCAGUGAGGAGGCAUCCUCCAGUGAAGACGAUGACGUGCACCAGACAAAGCGGGAGCGCAGGAAGUUCCAACAGAAGUCCAAGGGCCAACCGGAAUGUGCUGGCUGCGGAGGCAACCAUUCCCGUGCCAAGUGUCGAUUCAGAGACGCCAUCUGUAGGAAGUGUUCCAGAAGGGGCCACAUCGCUAAGGUCUGCCGAUCGGCUCCGUCUGACACCCCCCCUUCAUCGAUUCGCAAGUCCAAGUCUUCACUCCAGUCUGCCAAGGAAAGUUGUUUCGCUCUCACCAACUGCCGCUGCCCGUCUGGAACCACGAUUGGCCAAACCGACUCGCCUACGCGACGCAAGCUGAACGUCACGGUGCUCAUUGAAGGAGCUCCAUGUGACAUGGAGAUCGACACCGGGUCUGCCCUGUCCAUCGUGUCAUGGAGCACCAUCAAAAGACUGGUACCCAGAGUGUCCAAAAGGCAACUCGACUCUCACCGCGUACACCUGAGAGACUACCAGGGAAACGACAUUCCCGUGGUAGGCGUUGGCCGGUUCCGGAUCGCCUUCAAGGAUUUUUCGGGCCUGCUCCGGUUGGUGGUGGUCGAAGGUCAGCGGCCAAGCCUCCUAGGGCUAGACUGGUUUGAUGCCCUCGGCCUGGAAGUCACCGGCAUCAACUGCAUCUCUAACGCAGAGACUGAGGGUCUGGUCAAAGACUUUGCCGAGGUUUUUGACGGCACCUUGGGCCAAUAUACAGGUACGCCCAUCUCCUUUAGCCUUGAUCCACAAGUCGCCCCCAUCAAGCUAAAGCCACGCCGGGUUCCCUUUGCUCUCAAGGCUAAGGUGGAUGAACAACUGGACAAACUGAUCGCCCAAGGAGUUUUGGAGCCGGUUGACCACGCAAAGUGGGAAACCCCCAUCGUCACGCCUGUCAAGCCAGAUGGGUCGGUGAGAAUCUGCGCUGACUACAAGUGCACGAUCAACAAGGCACUUCAGCAGCACGCUUAUCCGGUUCCUGUUGUCUAACACCUGCUGCAUUCCCUGGGUGAGGGUAAGGUCUUCGCUAAGCUGGACCUUGCCCAAGCCUAUCAACAACUGCCAGUCGAUGAUGCCACUGCUGAAGCCCAGACGAUCGUCACCCACCGGGGGGCUUUCCGUUGCCGCCGGUUGCAGUUCGGGGUGAGUGUGGCUCCUGGCAUCUUCCAAAGCCUUAUGGAGCGUCUCCUGCAAGGGCUUCCGGGCGUGGUACCAUAUUUUGAUGACGUCUUGGUGUCUGCAGACUCACACCAGCAGCUGUUCGAGCGCCUCCGUGCCGUGCUGACCAGGUUCCAGGAGGCCGGGCUCAAGGUAAAGAGGGAGAAGUGCCAGAUCGCCGUUCCACAGGUAGAGUUCCUGGGCUAUCUUAUCGAUGCCUCCGGUCUUCAUCCAACCACAUCCAAGAUCCGCGCUAUCCAGCAGGCCCCCACCCCAAAGAACAAAACGGAGUUGCAGGCAUUCCUGGGGCUGCUGAACUUUUAUAACAUGUUCCUGCCCCACAAAGCCACAGUGGCUGAGCCUCUUCACCGACUCCUUAGCACUAAGACGCCUUGGGCCUGGGGUCAUCGGGAGACGGCGGCCUUCAACGCGGUCAAGGCUCUCCUUUCUUCAGACAGUGUGCUGGUACAGUACAGUGAAUCCAGGCCGCUGGUCCUUGCCUGCGACGCCUCACCUUUUGGCAUCGGUGCUGUCCUUAGUCACCGUUUUCCAGAUGGAAGAGAAGCACCGCUCGCCUACUUUUCCAGGACACUAUCUCCGACGGAACGGAAUUACAGCCAGCUCGACAAGGAGGCAUUGGCACUUGUGGCUGGAGUGAAGAGGUUCCAUGAAUACCUCUAUGGCAGGACUUUUGACCUCAUCACUGACCACAAGCCACUCCUGGGCCUCCUCGCCGGUGAUCGUCCAACUCCACCAGUCCUCUCACCACGCAUGCUGCGAUGGACUGUUUUCCUGGCUGCCUACCACUACCGGCUCAUCCAUCGCCCGGGGAAAUCGAUGGGCCAUGCCGACGCCCUCAGCCGUUGCCCUCUUCCAGCAUUUGUGGAAGACCCGGCUCCAGCUUCAUCGCUCCUUCUGAUUGAGGAUCUUCCGGCAGCGCCUGUAUCGGCUGCCACUGUGGCCUCCGCAUCUGCCCAGGAUCGCACCAUCAGCCGGGUGCUCAACUGGGUGUGGAGGGGGUGGCCACAAGGGCCUUUUGCAUCGGAGUUCCAGCCCUUCGCAACCAGACAACAUGAACUCUCAGCUCAUCGUGGCUGCCUGCUGUGGGGAGACCGCGUCGUGAUUCCCCAGGGACUCCGUCAGCGCGUCCUGGAGGCUCUGCACGUUGGCCACCCGGGAAUUGUCAAAAUGAAGGCGUUGGCUCGGUGUUACGUCUGGUGGCCUAAUAUGGACGAUGCCAUCACUGCCUGGGUGUCCGCCUGUCAAGCGUGCCAGGAGUCGAGGCCUGCACCACCGGCAGCUAAGGGACACACCUGGGAGAUGCCAAAGACACCCUGGUCGAGGGUGCACAUCGAUCUGGCUGGCCCCUUUCACGGCCGGACCUUUAUGGUAGUGGUGGACGCCUAUUCCAAAUGGCUGGAGGUCGCCCUGAUGCCCUCCACCACUACCGAAGCUGUCAUCCGGGUGCUGCGAGGCCUGUUUGCAACGCAUGGGUGUCCUGAUGUCCUUGUCUCUGACAACGGACCGCAGUUCACGUCAGGCACGUUUGAGCGGUAUCUUUUGGGACUGGGCAUCCACCAUGCCCUAACGGCACCUUUUCAUCCAUCCAGCAACGGGCAAGCGGAAAGAAUGGUGCGCUCGACAAAAGAGGCACUGGCGCGCCUGGACCGGGGAGACUGGCAUGAGCGGGUCGCCGAAUACUUGUUCGUGCAACACAUCACCCCUCAUGCGGCCACAGGGAGGAGUCCUGCUGAACUGCUUAUGGGCCGCCGCCUCAGGUCACCGCUCGACCGGCUACACCCAGACUUUGCCGUGGCUGAACCCCCAGGCUGUGCCAACGCACCACGGUCAUUUGUCCCAGGAAACCAGGUCUUUGCCCGGAACUAUGUGGGGGACAUCCCUUGGGUGCCAGCCACAGUAGUGGGAGUCACUGGACCUCGCUCGUACCAGGUGGCACUCGAAGACGGACGCUUGUGGCGACGGCACAUAGACCAGCUUAGGCGCAGGGUUGGGGACUUGGACACUACCGAGGUGCCCCCAACUGCGCUUGCGGCUCCAGAAGAGACACGUACAGAUGGCGAGGCCCCACCUACACCUCCCUCACAAACUGCCAGCGUGGAGCCGAACCAAGCCGUUUCAGAACAGACUCAGACCACUCCACUUGCGGAGGCUCUACCCACAGCAGCGGAUCCAGGGGAGUUGGUUCCAACGCCACCUAGGGUCGCACCACAGCCUCAGCGAGAACUGUGUGGCCCUCCGGACUUGGCUACCAGUCCCCGGCGGUCUGGCAGAGUUUCCAAGCGCCCAACUUAUUUAAAGGACUAUGUUGUUGGACAGGUAUCACUGUUGGUCUAA